UCUCACCUACCAUGCACCUCCAAAUACAUGGUUGUAUUUUUUUCAGUUGUCACAUGCCACCCAAAGAAGCAUCACUGUAUUCUCUGGCCGCCCCCAAAAUAAGUGUUACCUCAUUCUCUUGUGCCCCUCCCCAGAGCUGGCUGCAUCUCAGCCCCCUUCUGUCCCCUCAUCUUCUUUCCUUCCCCAGAUCCACCCACGUCUCAGCACCAGGUCCUCCCGGGCACCUAGCUGUUGUGUCCAAUCCGUCACCGUCCAAUCCCUGUCUCGAUGGGGAUCUGCACCCCCCCCAUACACUCCCAUGAACCUCGGGGCUGACCUGGCCCUCGUGCUUCUGGCGCGGAGGGUGGGCAGAAUCUGCCCCAUCCCCCUGCGGUGUGCAGCCCCCAGCCCCUUCCCGGCACCCAGUGCUGGGCCACGGGCUGGAGCUGCCCGAGUUGGGGACGGCAGGGCUGGGAGCCCGGCCGUUGCAGGUGUAACCCCCCUCUGUUGGACCUGGCUGGGCUUCCCUUCAUCCUCCUUGGUCCCGACAGGUCUGAUCUACUACGACAACCCCAGUCCCCGUUAUCGGGGCCGCCCCAGUGCGAGCAGCUGUGUGAGCGGCCGCCCCCAGGCACCUCUGGGGGCCCGGACUGGAUCACUGACACCGCCCCUGCGCCGGCUACACGGACAGUCACCAGGGCAUCGACAAGGAGCCAAGACCCGGCUGAGUACCAAGUUGCCUUCAGGACCCCUUGCGUGGGGGGCAGUCCUUGACCUUGUCCUUGACUCCCACUAUGACCCGGGAAACAAGGAUGCCAAUUGGCAGUGGUCCUCCUGGCACAGGCUGUACCCCCCACGGCUCGCACCUGCCCCAUCUGGAUAUGGCCCCCACCCCCUCCGUGGGCACCUGGUGCUGGGCAAGCAGCUGCGGGGGGCUGCACCCCACAGGUGAGUUAGGGGGCUGGCAGCACGGAUGCCUGGGCUGUCCCAGAGGGGAGUGUGUCGGCAUAGGGGAAGGUCCCGGGCACUCAGCUGGCACCACCACCCCUGUGAUGGUCUCCACCACAGCACCCACACCCCAGCCUCUCACUGCCAAUCACCUGGGGCGUCCGUACAGUGCCAGGCGCCCUCAAUCUCCGCCUGGGGGAUCUGCCCAGCGCCCCCCGCUCUCGGCCUGGGGGAUCCGCCCAGCGCCCAGCGCCCCCCGCUCUCGGCCUGGGGGAUCCGCCCAGCGCCCCCCGCUCUCGGCCUGGGGGAUCCGCACAGCGCCCAGCGCC